AUGAGCGCCGAAAAAACCAUCUUCAAGGCCACCUACUCGGGCGUGCCAGUCUACGAGUGCAUCAUCAAGGACGUCGCCGUCAUGAGGAGACGCUCCGACAGCUGGCUCAACGCAACCCAGAUCCUCAAGGUCGUCGGCCUCGACAAGCCGCAGCGCACGCGUGUCCUCGAACGCGAGAUCCAGAAGGGCAUCCACGAAAAGGUGCAGGGCGGCUACGGCAAAUACCAGGGCACAUGGAUCCCCCUCGACAUCGCCAUCGAGCUCGCAGAGCGCUACAACAUCCAGGCGCUCCUCGCCCCCAUCACCACCUACGUCCCCUCCGCCAGAGACUCGCCCCCGCCCGCUCCCAAGCACACCAUCUCCACCUCCAACCGCUCCAAAAAGGUGCUCUCCGCAGACGCAGGCGCCCUCGGCCGCUCCCGUCGCGCCACCAGCAUCGAGACCGAAUCCGAGGCCAUCGGCGCCACCCAGAACAACGCCUCCGAGGGCAGCAUGAGCCCCUCCCCCAGCGACAUCAGCUCCUCCUCCCGUACUCCGAGCCCCAUGCCCGCCGAUCGCGCCAACGGCCCUUACGCUGCACACCACGCGGCAGCGGCUCACCACAACGGCAGGGAGGCCACCAACCAGGCGCGGUACGCCGACAUCAUCCUCGACUACUUUGUCACCGAAAACACCACCGUGCCUUCGCUCCUCAUCAACCCUCCGCCCGACUUCAACCCGGACAUGAGCAUCGACGACGACGAGCACACCGCCCUGCACUGGGCGUGCGCCAUGGGCCGCAUCCGCGUCGUCAAGCUCCUCCUCUCGGCCGGCGCCGACAUCUUCCGCGUGAACACCAACCAGCAGACCGCGCUCAUGCGCGCCACCAUGUUCUCCAACAACUACGACCUGCGCAAGUUCCCCGAGCUCUUUGAGCUCCUCCAUCGUUCCAUCCUCAACAUCGACCGCAACGACCGCACCGUCUUCCACCACGUCGUCGACCUCGCCCUCAGCAGAGGCAAACCGCACGCCGCGCGCUACUACAUGGAGACCAUGAUCAACCGUCUCGCCGACUACGGCGACCAGCUCGCCGACAUCCUCAACUUCCAGGACGACGAGGGUGAGACGCCGCUUACCAUGGCCGCGCGCGCACGAUCCAAGCGCCUCGUGCGGCUGCUGCUCGAGCACGGCGCCGAUCCCAAGAUCCGCAACAAGGAGGGCAAGAAUGCAGAGGACUACAUCAUCGAGGACGAGCGCUUCCGAUCCUCGCCCUCGCGCACCGGCCCCGCAGGCAUCGAGCUCGGCGCCGACGGCCUGCCCGUGCUGCCCACCGCUUCGCUCCACACCUCCGAGGCAGGCCAGCGCACCGCCGGUCGCGCCGUCACGCUCAUGAGCAACCUCCUCCACAGCCUCGCCGACAGCUACGACUCGGAGAUCCACACCGCCGACAAGAAGCUCACCCAGGCGCACGGCUUGCUCAAGCAGAUCCAGACCGAGAUCGAGGACAGCGCCAAGGUGGCCGAGGGCCUGCACCACGAGGCCGAGGGCGUCGACGACGAGCUCAAGCGCGUCGACUCGCUCCAGCUCGCGCUCAAGCACGGCAUCAACAAGCGCACACGCGACGACCUCGAGCGCCGCUGGGCCGAGGGCAAGCAGGCCAUCAAGCGCGCACGUCUGCAGGCGGGGCUCGAGCCCGGUGCUCUCUCCUCCAGCUCGGCGGCCAACCAGCCUGAUGGCGCGGCGGCGGGCGAUGCGGAGCACGAGGCAAAGAAGUGCCUCGAUGCGCUGCCUGAGGGCAAGGACGUCAAGACGGCGAUCGCCGAGCUCAAGACGCAGCUGGGUGAGGUGCAGAAGAAGCGCAGCGAGCUCGUCGACAUGUUUGUCUCGCGUGCACGCGAGCAGGGCACCGGCAAGACCAUGGCCGCCUACCGCCGGCUCAUUGCGGCCGGAUGCGGCGGCAUCGCGCCCGACGAGGUGGACGCCGUCGUCGGCGUGCUCUGCGAGCUGCUCCAGGAGGGGCACGCAGGCUCGGGAGGCGCCGGUACCAGCGAUGGCGCCUCGGGCGGUGACCGCGCGAGAGACGCUGCCAUGAUGCUCAAGGGCGCUGGCGCGGCGGCUCUGGCUGCCAACGCAGUGGAUCCGUGGGCACGUGUCAAUGAAAGUCGAGGAAGCGGCAUGGCGAGAAGGGGGAUGAGGGGGAAGGAUGGUGGUGGAGAGGGUCACGUGACGCGACUCUGGGAUUCCAGAGCACGCAAAUCAUCGCCAAGGGGAAUCGACAAGAUGCUGCGCCGGACACUAGCACUAUUUGCGGAGGCGACACGAUCGUCGUCCAAGGCGUCGAGCUCUUCGGAUGUGCUGACGUCGCACUUUGCCAAGGCGUCGCUGCCUCCUACGCUGGCGAGGAGUGCGCAGCCGCACAAGAACCUGUACCAGCUGCUUUCGACGUUGCCGCAGGACGGUGUGGGUGCGCGUGUGAGGCAGCGUCGUUGGGCCGCCAAGGGCUUGGAUGUGCCGCACGAUGUGAAUCUCAAGAAACACCUCACACAGAUGCACGCCAAGGGCGACAAGCCGCUCAAGGACGAAGACCACCUGUGCUACUGGGAGAUCACCAAGGUCAGGUUGAAGGACGGCGGAAACCACGGAAAGGCCUGGGGAAGGCUGGUGUGGAGAGGCAAAACCAUCACCGAGGCCGAAACGGGCGAACGCAUCCCCGGCGCACUCAAAUACUUUUGGGCCCCAGCAAAGUGA